AUGUUCAAGUUUUUUACAGAGAAGGCGAAUCAUCAGGCCCUCAAGGCCGUGCUGUGCGCCAUGUUUGUGCAGAAGCCCCUCGAGGUGACGCUGGGCAGCACCUACAGCACGCCGUACCUUCAGCUGCCCAAGUCGGGGGCGCUUCUGUACAGCUGCAAUGAGGCGGCGCGUCUUCUCUGGAACACGCACGCCGCGCCGUCGCCCGUCGACACCUCGCUCGAAGGAGAGGCGGAAUGGCUCGAGUGGGAGUCGACGGUGCUGACGCCAGCCUUGACCCCCCUCUACACGCAGCGACGCAUCACAGGUGAGGCUGAGGUUGCCCUGAAGAAGCUCGACUCCACCAUCGAGGAGCACCAGGGUACCGUGGCGGUGAAGGGGUCGCCGUCGUCCAAGUCUUUCCUAGUCGACAGUGUCCUCUUCGCGUCCCUCCUGCCGGCCCUGUGCAAAGAUGGGCUGCUCCCCGCCGCGCAGGCGGCGAGGGUGCCACAUUUGGUGAAGUGGUUCCAGGCUUUCCAGGCGGAGCACGCGGAGCUGAUUGCCUCUGCUUUCGACUUGCUGUCGGUGCAAGAGUGUGGCGACUUCUUGCGGGUGCCGCAGGCGUACGAGGUGAGCCCCAAGAAGGGGAAGGUCUUCUUCGCUACGACGCCGAUCUACUACGUGAACGCGUCGCCACACAUCGGCCACGUCUACAGCACGCUCAUCGUCGACGUUCUCGGCCGCUAUCACCGAGUGAAGGGAGAGGAGGUGUUCGUGAUGACAGGUACGGACGAGCACGGUCAGAAGGUGGCCGAGGCGGCGGCGAAGCAGGGGGUAUCGCCGAUGGACUUCACAACGAGUGUGUCGAGCGAGUUCAAGCAGUGCUUCACGGAGAUGAAUUAUGACAUGAACUACUUCAUCCGCACGACGAACGCGACGCAUGAGAAGCUGGUGCAGGACAUCUGGAAGAAGCUGGAGGCGAAAGGGGACAUCUACCUCGGCAAGUACGAGGGCUGGUACUCGGUAAGCGACGAGUCAUUCCUGACGGCGCAGAACGUGGCGGACGGUGUGGACAAGGAUGGAAAGCCGUGCAAGGUCAGCCUGGAGAGCGGCCACGUUGUGACGUGGGUGGAGGAGGAGAACUACAUGUUUCGUCUUAGCGCGUUCCGCGAGCGUCUCCUCAAGUACUUCCAUGAGCAUCCCAACUGUAUCGUCCCGGAGUUCCGCCGCCGCGAGGUGAUCAAGACGGUCGAGAAGGGUCUCUUCGACUUGUCCAUUUCCCGUAAGCGCGAGUCCGUCAUGAACUGGUCCAUCCCGGUCCCCGGUGAUGAGCGCCACUGCAUCUACGUGUGGCUGGAUGCCCUCUUCAACUACUACACCGGAGCCCUCACCCGUGUCGCGGCCGACGGCACCGAGACGCUGGACGAGGACCACCACACACUGAACCGGUGGCCGGCCGACGUGCACGUGGUCGGCAAGGACAUCCUCAAGUUUCACGCCAUUUACUGGCCGGCCUUCCUCAUGUCCGCGGAGCUGCCGCUGCCGGAGCGGCUGGUGUCGCAUGGGUGGUGGACCAAAGAUCACAAGAAAAUUAGCAAGUCGCUCGGCAACGCCUUCGACCCGGUGGAAAAGGCGAAAGAGUUUGGCAUCGACGCGCUCAAGUACUUCCUGAUGCGCGAGUCGAACUUCCAAGAUGAUGGCGAUUACAGUGACAGGAACAUGGUAGCCCGCCUGAAUGGUGAACUCGCCGACACGCUCGGCAACUUGGUAUCGCGCUGUGUGGCGCCGAAGAUCAAUGUGAACGGUAUGUGGCCGGAGCCCGCGGAGUACAGCGAGAGCGACAAGACGCUGAUCGCCUCGCUCAACAACCUGGCUGGCACGGUGGAUCACUAUUACUGCCUACCUGACAUUCAGCACGCGUUGAUUGCCAUCUUCGACGUGCUCCGCAGCCUCAACGCCUAUGUGACCGAGAACGCACCGUGGAAGCUGGUGAAAACGGACACGGCGCGCCUCGGCACAGUGCUGUACGUAACGAUGGAGGGGCUGCGCAUCUGCACCAUGUUCCUGCAGCCGGUGAUGCCGCAGAAGGCGAAGGAGAUUAUGGACGCGCUCGGGGUGCCGGAGGCGGCGCGCGCGGACAUGGAAAACUACCUAUUUGGCAUCGUAAAGCCGGGGACGAAGAUUGCUGGCUUGGCGGAGGGCCAGGUCAUCUUCCAGAAGGUGACACUCCCGGCCGAGGAGGGGGAGCGCAGUUCCAAAGGGCAGUAA